AUGAGGUCUCUAGCGACCCGGGCUCUCGCCCUUCUGACUCUUGGAUCAUCGGCAUUGGCAGCACCUUUCAAUCCGGCGUCGGCAGUUUCGCCAAAAAAGUUGGAUCAUCUACCACCGGGAACCCUCCUGCGACACAGAAAACUCCCCCUUACGAACUCACCAUUUGGGCUCACCGACGUGAAUCUCAACGCCAGUCGCCAGAUCCUCUACAGGACGACUGACAGCCACGGCAACGCAACUGCCACGGUCCUGACCGUCCUGAUCGCGUCGCCCGGGAACAACAGCCAAGUCCUUUCGUACCAAGUCGCGCAGAACACGCCGGCGCUGAAGUGCGCCCCCUCGCACACCUUUGACCAACACCCUGCGCUUCCAAAGGUCCCCGACACGACGAUUUCACGGAGCGAACUUCUCACCAUCCAGUCAGCGCUUCACCAAGGCCGGAUCGUCCUUAUUCCCGACUACCAGGGUCCCAAAGCGGCGUACAUGGCCGGCAAGCUCGCCGGCCACGCCGUUUUGGACGGCAUACGGGUGGCGAUCCAGAGUCCCGGCCUGACGAGAAUCCGCGAAAACCCGGCCAUCGGCAUGUGGGGAUAUUCCUCGGGAGGCGUGGCCACGGCGUGGGCAGCCGAGCUCCAUCAAACGUACGCGCCAGAGCUCGAAAUCGUGGGAGCGGCCAUCGGGGGCGUCGCGGCCGACAUCCCCUCCGUCGUCGACAACAUCAACAGCGGCAAACACGCAGGACUCAUCGCAGCCGGCGCCCUCGGCCUGGCCAACGAGUAUCCCGCCGUUGCCAAGACGAUAUACUCGCGCUUGAGACGUGAGCACCGCCCGCUGUUUAAGAAGAUAGAGAAGCAGUGCGGCUCCGUCGGCACCAAGGCCUUCUCCGGCAAAAACGUCGUGUCCAUGUUCAACGGUACCGAGAUUCGCGUCCUUCCGACCAUUGUCGACGUGAUGAACAAGACGUCUCUGGGGAAGACGGCCCCGAGGAUCCCAAUCUACCUGUACCACUCGUACCAGGACCGGAUCUCCCCCGUACAAACCAUCAAUAAGCUUUACGAGUUUUACUGCGCGCGAGGCACGUCCGUUCUCUACAAGCGGGAUUUCUUUUCCACACACGGCUCGGCGGCCAUUACCGGCAUGCCCCGAGCCCUGGCCUUUCUCAUUGACAUGAUGAGAGGCCAGAGGCUCAAUGCUUGCUCCCAGAGAACAAUCAUGUCUGGGCUGCUGGAGGCGCGCACUUGGGGAACCAUGCCGGUGGUGCUCAUCGACGCGUUGCUGUUUUUGCUCCGCAGAACAGCGCGCAUACCCCCAAGCCACUCUUAUCUCUUGGAGGAGGUGCACAGCAUCUUGCAGCAAAUCGAGCAUGAGGAGGCCAUUGCAGAGGGACGUGGCAUCAAGCCGUUCUUCAAGGAACUAGCCAAGCCGGGAAACCAAAACAGGCUCCUUGUCGGCUGCCUCAUCUUCACCUUUGUGCAAAUGGCGGGCUCCAAUGCCAUCAAGUAUUACUCGCCCGCCAUCUUUAAGAGCGUUGGUCUUGCGGGAAGAAACACUGCCUUUUUCGCCACGGGCGUCUACGGCGUUGUCAGAAUUGUUUCGGUUCUAUUCGCCAUGGAAGCUUCGUCAUGCUCAUAUACAGCAAUGUGGUACAUUGGCGCGUACGUCAUACUAUCCUCCCCCGGCUCUGCUGGCUCAUCCUCCGUCAGCUCCGCAGACUACGCGGGCAUCGCCAUGAUCUACGUGUACGCCGUUGGAUGGUUCUUCUCUUGGGCUGCAGUGCACUGGAUUCUCAACUUUGUCAUUGCCCGUAGCGUGCCGUACAUGAUCACCAACAUUGGCUGCGGCACCUACUUCCUCUUUGCCGCCUUGAUAACCGUCUCCAUACCAUGGGUGUUCUUUUGCGCUCCCGAGACCAAGGGCGUCAGCUUGGAGGAUGUGGACGCCUUGUUUGGCUUGCCUCAAAUUAAGCAGCUGUACUACGAGAACCGAAAUACGCCGAAAGACCCGGAAUGCAACGUGGCGCACGCGGAACAUUCACGGAGGGUUUAG